AUGAACCCUACGCCUGUUUCCGAACAGCCUAAUGGUGAUGUUCCAACGGAUGCGCCCGAAUCAUGUCCCGGUACAUCAAGUACAAUGGCCGGUCGUACUAGUGCGUGUGCCGGUUGUCCAAAUCAAUCAAUCUGCUCAUCUGGUAUUGCACGGAAACCGGAUCCUGAUUUAAUUACAAUUCAACAACGUUUAUCAUCAAUAAAACAUAAAAUAUUAAUAUUGAGCGGAAAAGGUGGAGUGGGAAAAACAACCGUAUCGGUUAUGAUAGCUCGUGCAUUAGCAGCCCAAAAUCUAAAAGUAUCUUUGUUAGAUGUUGAUAUAUGUGGUCCGAGCAUUCCACGAGCGCUGGGUAUAGAAAACGAACAAGUUCAUCAGUCAUCAAGCGGCUGGUCACCUGUAUACAUUGAUGAAAAUUUUUCAACAAUGUCUGUUGGCUUUUUAUUGGAGAGUUUAGAACAAGCUGUAAUAUGGAAAGGACCGAGAAAAGAUCAAAUGAUCAAACGUUUUCUAUUAGAUGUUGAUUGGGACGAUGAUUUAGAUUAUUUAAUUAUCGAUACACCACCUGGAACAUCUGAUGAGCAUUUAUCAGUUGUCAAUUAUUUGAAACAUACAAAUUUAGAUGGUUGUAUACUUGUAACAACACCACAAGAAAUCGCUCUUCAAGAUGUAAGAAAAGAAAUAUCAUUUUGUAAACAAACCAAUUUAAAUGUAUUGGGAAUCAUUGAAAAUAUGGCCAAAUUUAUUUGUUCAAAAUGUCAUAAAGAAAGUGUCAUAUUUAAACCGGCAACGGGCGGUGCUAAAAAAUUAUGUGAAGAAAAUCAAUUUGAAUUAUUGGAGUCAAUACCAUUAGAUCCAAACAUAGCUCGAUGUUGCGAUGAUGGUUUAGAUUUUUUUCAAGAACAUGAGAAUAGUCAAACAGCAAUAACAUAUAAGAAAUUGGUAAAUCGAAUACGACAAAUCUGUGAAAUUAAAAAUACGUCUAUUUGA